GGUGUCCGGCCAAGUCUGCAGCUCCGCCCCGCCCUGCCCUUGGGAGCGAGGGAAGGGCGGGAGGGGCAGGAGAGGCUUUUCUGGGGCUGCAUCAAAGAAGAACUUGAAUUUUUCCGAGAACGAUGCUCACAGACCCUGGGGCGUGCCCGUGUCUGACGAAGGGCGGAACCCGUCGAUGUGCCCCGGGGUCGUCCUGCAGCAAGAUCCCGGCCUCCGCCGGCUUGGCGGCCGUGGGCCUGCUGACAGCCUUUCUGGGCACGCUCGCUGCUCUGCACGGACGGGCCCCAGGUUUGAGCAUGGCAGAAGGCAACACCUUGAUAUCAGUGGAUUAUGAAAUUUUUGGAAAGGUGCAAGGGGUGUUUUUCCGCAAGCAUACUCAGGCUGAGGGUAAAAAGCUGGGAUUGGUAGGCUGGGUCCAGAACACUGACCGGGGCACAGUGCAAGGGCAAUUGCAAGGUCCCAUCUCCAAGGUGCGCCAUAUGCAGGAAUGGCUUGAGACAAGUGGAAGUCCCAAAUCACACAUUGACAAAGCAAACUUCAACAAUGAAAAAGUCAUCUCAAAGUUGGAUUACUCAGACUUCCAAAUUGUGAAAUAAUAGCCUGAAUCUAAAUUUUUUAAGAUAAACUCUGUGAUUUUGGUUUUUAUUGUUAAUAGAAUUAUUGUGUGUUCAAUAUUAGCAUUUGUCAGUAACUUAUUUUAGUAUCAGAUAUUUGAUUGUUACUGUAUAUUACAUGUAUGCUAGAAGGAUUACAACUGUAUACAAUUCUAAUCAAUAAAAACACAUGAAAACCUUC